AUGAGCAAGUACGGUGUGAUGGUCAUGGGCCCCGCCGGGGCCGGCAAGUCCACCUUCUGUGCCUCCCUCAUCACUCACCUGAACCUCAACCGCCGCUCGGCCUUCUACGUUAACCUCGACCCAGCUGCCGAGUCUUUCGAGCAUGCGCCCGAUCUCGAUAUCAAGGAUCUCAUCUCCCUCCAUGAUGCCAUGGAGGAGGUUGGUCUCGGCCCCAACGGCGGUCUCAUCUACUGCUUCGAGUUCCUCAUGGAGAACCUCGACUUCCUCACCGAAGCCCUGGACAACCUGACGGAAGAGUACCUCAUCAUCUUUGACAUGCCCGGCCAGAUCGAGCUCUACACCCACAUCCCCAUUCUCCCUGCCCUCGCUCGUUUCCUCUCCCAGCCAGGCUCCCUCGACAUCCGCCUCUGCGCCGCAUACCUCCUCGAGGCUACCUUCGUCGUCGACCGCGCCAAGUUCUUCGCUGGUACCCUGAGCGCCAUGUCCGCCAUGAUCAUGCUCGAGAUCCCCCACCUCAACGUGCUGUCCAAGAUGGACCUCGUCAAGGACCAGGUGCGCAAGAAGGACCUCAAGCGCUUCCUCACGCCCGACACGGGGCUUCUCGACGACGAUCCGGUCAUUGCGUCAAGCGAGCUCGACGACGGCCGUGGCGAGGUCCACGACAAGGAUCUCGUCAUGCGCGGGAAGAGUUUCCAGCGGCUGAACAAGGCCGUUGCCGGGCUCAUUGAGAGUUUCAGCAUGGUCAACUACCUCAAGCUGGACGUCACGGACGAGGAGAGCGUGGGCGCUAUUCUCAGUUACAUUGACGACAUCAUCCAGUAUCACGAGGCGCAGGAGCCCAAGGAGAUGCAUGACGACGAAUUUGAACCUCAGGACGAUGAGUAG